AGCAUAUACGAAAAAUUCUGAGAAACGAUAUAGACUUCCUGAGUUUUUUUCUGAAUAUUUCUAAAAAAUGUUUUAAUCUGUACAAAAAUUAUGGAAACAAUUUUUACCAAGAAUUUUAUAAAUAUUUUAAUGGCUAAAUUUGAUAUUUUACACUGUGUGUCAUCAGUGCGUAUAGCGUAGCAACUCAUCUCGCGAAUACUUAAACGCCACGCGUUUCUCAUUUAAAUUUAAUUUUUUAUGUGUUUCUGUCAGGUGACAUAAUUUUAACUAGCACCAUCGGAUUGUUCAUCUAAAAAACUACAAGAAAUUAUGUUUGUUUUACUAUCUCCAAGCACAUCAAAAACAGAUCUUUUUGUAACGCCUUCUUUUCUGUUGUUAAAAAAAAAUCAUUUCACGCUUAUUUCACGUAUUAGAUAGAGAAAAAGAUAUUGAUCUCGCUACAGCAUAACUGGAAAGUUACACGGAAUCCAGACUUUCAAACGAGCGUCGAUAUGAUCUAUAAGCGAAAGUUGUUAGGCUAUGAGCGAAACUUUUUUGUAACUCGCCCUACGAGACAUAGCAGGAUUCGUCGCCAAGUUACCUUGAUGGGAACGUUAAGUUUGAUGAAGAGGAAGCGUAAUGUUAACGCAAAGGGCAUGGACUCAAACGACGAAGAUAUAGAUUUAACAGCAUGGGAUAAUUGGAGUAUCUGGAGCGCCUGUAGUGUGACUUGCGGGCAAGGACGACAGGUUCGUUGGCGUCAUUGCUUGUCUGCAGAUUGUAUUAAAGGUCUAAAGAAGGCGCAAUUGAGGAGUUGCCGUCUUAAGGAUUGCAAUACUAAAGGCUUCCUCGGUUGGCUUGGGAUAAAAUCGUGAUCUGCGAUUUACGAAAGCAACUAACAAGAUUCCUCGACAUCAUUAUGCGAAAACUAUUGAGUGAUUUCGAGAAUAAGCAAACAAAAAAACAUCCCCUCUCUACAAACUAUCAUGGAAAGAGAUCUUAUUACUGUUCUCCAGAAUCGAAACUAAUGCUUGAUCUAACAAUAAGAAGGAUACAAAACAAUGAUAGACUUUUUCUUUGAUGCAACUUUUACCUUUUCUCUUAAGAUUGCAUUAUGAUGGCAAAAAUUUGAAUGAAAAAAAUUUGAUUUAAAAUAUAUAUAUAUUGUAUGAAAUAUGUAUGUUUAAUGUAUGCAGUGUAUAUUAGAGAAAUUAUGAGAAAUUAAACACAGCAUAAAUUGAAUGGAGUUUUAAACAGAUUAUUUAUAACAUAGAGAGAUAUUUCUUUUUAUGAAUUACGGCUUUAUUAAUGCCUAUCCAUCUAAAGUUAACAACAAUCUCAUUUUCAUUUAAAAUAUGUUAUAUGCACUAUAGAAAACCCGGAACGCAGCUAACUUAAGUUGACUAGACAUUAAUGACUCUGUGUGUAUGUGUAUAUAUAUAUAUAUAUAUAUACGAAGCACACGCAACAUACAUAAAUAUACAUAACGAGACAAUAAUUGUCUUUAUUACAUUCAACGGCUGCAUUAAACGAAAAGAGCAGUUUUGCAAUUGUAGGAUUUUUUAAUACGAUUGGUUUCUGCACUUAAAUCUUGUCGAAUCUAAAUGUAUAAACCAAUCAUUAAAGAAUCUUAUAACAUUUUAAAGCUGCUUUUCUGCUGAAUGCAACUAAUGUAUAUCACUUCACAUUCAAUCUAAAUUAUUAAUUGUUUUAAUAUUGAGCAGACUUCAAUGUGAUUAGACAAUUCUAUAAAUAUUCAUAUCAACGCAAAAAGUAAAUUAAUGUCUAAACAUAGAUUGAUCUUUGCUCAUUUUGUUAUGUUUCUGCUUUUUAUGGGUAAUUGCUAAUACAUGUAAUUUAUAUAUGGUAUAUCACUUUUCUCUAUGAAAUAACUUUUCAAUUUUAGCCUUCACAGAAGCUAGUCCAAAAAUUAAUAAAGUACCGUCAAAUGUUGCAUCAAUUAUUGUAAAAAAUAAUAUGGAUACAUUAAAAUCGGAUAGACUCCGACGCCAAAAUUAUAAUAUGUUUCGCGAUAUCGAUGAUAAUGAACAAGAUGACAAUAUCCGGCAGCAAAUAAAACGAGGUAACAAUAUGGUUUCGAUUACAUGCAAAAUAAAUUAUUUACACCUAAAAGACAUAAUUAAAAUAUGUUUUAUGUAUGCGACAAUUAGAAACUACAGUGAGAAUGCAUUUUGAUAGAAUAUGUAUAUUGAUGUUUAUAUUAUCAAAAUUAUUUCAUUAUAUAUAUAUUUGAAUCCAGACAAUAUCGUAUCAAAAUCGGGUCAAGUUUUAGGCCGGUAUUCAUAUUAUCGAUUCUUAUAGUUAAGACCAUCUUAAGUGCCAUUUUAAGAUGUCAUCAGCCAAUCAGAGAAUUAAGACAUUACUUAAGAUGCUAAUCUUGAAAUAAGAAUCAACUACGAAUACUGGCCUUAGACGUUUUAAAAAUGACUUAAAAAUGUCUUUUUAAGUUGUGCUGUACUAAAAGAUAACUUUACGAUGUCUUUAAGUCGUCUUAUUUUAGAUAUGCAAGUUACUUGGGAAUAAUAGAUACAUUUAGAUAUAAUAGAAUUUUAUUUUAUUGCUAUAUUAAUAAUUUAUUCGACCGAUAUUUUAUCAUCGCAAAGUGCUAUUAAACUUGUAUGUAAUAUCAUGUAACUAGCUACCCGCUAUUUAAGUAUAUCUAAAAAAAAAAUAAUAAAAGUGUAUAUAGUUUUAUAUACUUUUAUUUUUUUGAGAAUAAGAUGUGCUUGGUGGGCAGCUGCAAAAGGGAUAGUAAAUAAAUAAGAGAGUGGGUGCGAAUCGUGUGCAAUCGCGGGUCAUAUACCGGUUGGUGAUCGUGGCUUUCUCCGAGACCGGUUCGAGAUUUACCUUCCCGCAAUUCCGAUCAUCGUACAUGAAACAACAUUUGGGCAGUGUAUGGAUGGAAAUUUCCACGGCUGCAUGGCUGAAAUAUUUUUUCUUUCUUACAACAUCCACGAUUUGAAAUUUUUGCGAACAACGAGAGUGCUUUGAUGU